UUGAAACAACUCAACGAUUGAUAUUCAGUUGAAUUUUAAUAGUUUAUAAGUUUAUAAGACUGAAAUGUUGCUACUAUUGUCAUCGACUAUUAUUCUUCUGUCUCUGCUUCCGAAGCAACAGGCAGUGAUGGUCGCCUCAAACUGGGAGUCCCUCGUAUUUGUUCUUCCCCACCACAGCAACGAACUCAGCCGGAAGUGCGCACUCUUCAGCGAUCAUUAUUGCCUUUAUGGCUACCUGAAUGAUUCCUAUGACGGUGGAAGACCUAGAAGGAACAUUGAUGCGAGGUCUGACCAUGAAGAGUUCACUACUAUGGCAAACAGGACAUACAAAGAAAUCAACUGGUUUUCACUCAACUCUACAAAUCCAGGGGGUUGUUGUGGGUGGCAACUGAACAUGUAUGAGAAGCAUGGAAGACGCAGAGGUCUCUCCCCCUCCGAGUACAACGAGAGACUCCUAGACUACUCCUCCGAACACAAACACCUCAAUUACAUCAAGGUGGUUAAUGAGGACAUAGAAGCGUGUGGGAAAACAGUGGUUUCUAUUGGGUUCGGAUCGGGUCGAUUGGUAUACGAGGACGAAACUGGAAUAAGGGAGACAUUCAACCCUAAUUAUGACUCAUUCAACUUCCCUAUUAUCUUUCCCGAGAGAGAAAGGGAAGGACGGAUGGUUUACAACAUUGAUCUGAUGUACUUCAACUUCUCCUGGUUCAAGAAUUACUACAUAUGUACGGCGCAACCCUGGAUUUGUGGGGGAAGGGCAAGACAAAAUCCACCCUGGAUACCCAUUUAA